UAGACUGACCUAUCCUCCACAGGCCAGGCUACCGGAAAAGAUGGGUGAUUACAUAAGGGUCAUUGACUUCUCGGCCUAUAGCCUCGACAAGGAGAACAUCUCCGAGGCCGACAUGGAAGCCCUGACGAAAGAACUCAUGCACUCCUUCACAACGUCGGGCUUCGCUUACCUGAAGAAUACGGGAAUUUCUGAAGAGCAGGUGGACGCGAUGUAUGAUGUAACCGACAGGUUUUACGCCCUGCCCGCUGAGAUCAAAGAGAAGUACGCUCGAGCCAACGACAAGAACCGGGAGCGUCAGGGCUGGGGGUGCGUGGAAAGAGAGAGCGUGGGUGGACUGUCAGGGUCGGACCGGCCGGCUGACCUGAAGGAGUACUUCGGCAUCAAGAUCCCACUCAUUGAAGAUGAGUCUUGGCCGUACGAAGUCCCGGAGUUUGAAGAAACAUGUCUGAACUUCUACGCCGCGUGUAAAAGUCUCACUUUCAGGGUCCUGGAGCUGGUCGCCAGAGGCCAAGGGAUCGAGGUUGCCGGAUUCUUGGACAUGUUCAAGCACAUGGGGACAGGCCCCAACGGAACCAGCCUGAGGUGCACGCAUUACCCGCCAACACCGGAAGUUGUCAAGGAGAACCAGCUCCGGUGUGCGGAGCACACAGACAUAGGCUGCGUCACCCUGCUGUUCCAGGACAGACCUGGGCUGGAGGUUUGCACUGAGGGCGACAAUUAUGUCCUAGCCCCACCCAUCCCGGGCACUGUGGUGAUCAACAUCGGCGACAUGUUACAGUGGUGGACGGCCGACAAGCUGGUGUCCACUAAACACCGGGUGAACAUCCCAGCGACGGCGGAAGGCCGGGGGCAGAGACGCCGCUCCAUCGCCUUCUUCGCCAAGGCCGACUGCGACGUGAAGCUCAAGUGUCUGGAUGGCUCCGAUAAAUACAAGCCCAUGAUUGCCCGCGAUUACCAUGCGAUGAAACUUCAAACCACCUACGAUUAAGGCGUACUGUCUGGGUGCAGGUGGUAUCUCACCACAAUGUCAGCAUGCUCAUACCGUAAAUGCAUUUAAAUUCGCGGGGAUCUAAUUUCGUGGUAGUGGGGAAAAGGACUUUUCACGGUGGAUUUAAGUUUGCAGUAACACCAUAGACUGCAGUCUAAUACCAUAAUAGAAAAAUGC